UUUUUUUGGCUCUCGCAUUCGCAACCUUUUCUUGUAAUCUUAAACUGCAAAUACAUUCGAGAACCAUGGCUACGCCUACGACUACUGGCUCACAUGCAGGCACACCGGCGCCCUCAGACUCGGGUCUGCGGCGCGACACGACGGCGCAGGCUGAGGAGCCCGACAAGGCAGCAGCCGAGGAGAAGGUAAUUAACGAGGAGUACAAGACGUGGAAAAAGAACUCGCCGUUCCUGUACGACCUCCUGGUGACCCAUGCGCUCGAGUGGCCGUCGCUGACGGCGCAGUGGUUCCCUGACAUCGAGCGGCCUGAGGGCAAGGACUACACGUUGCAGCGGCUUCUGCUGGGCACGCACACGUCGGAGAAUGAGCAGAAUUACCUGCAAAUCGCGCAGGUGCAGGUGCCGCGUGACGACGUCAACCCAGACCAGCACAAGUUGAACGCGGACACGAACGAGCUGGGCGGGUACGGCGGGGCUGAGUGCAAAAUCAGCAUCAUGCAGCGCAUCAACCACGACGGCGAGAUCAACCGCGCGCGCUACAUGCCGCAGAACCCGGACAUCAUUGCGACCAAGACGGUGGUGGAGAACGGUGCGGUGUUUAUCUUUGACCGCACGCGCCACCCGUCGACGCCCAGCAGCGACGGCGUGUGUCGGCCGGAUAUCCGCCUGACGGGCCACACGCGCGAGGGCUAUGGUAUGUCGUGGAGCGUGCAGCGUGAGGGUCAUCUUCUGAGCGCGUCUGAAGACACGACGGUGUGUCUGUGGGACAUCAAGGGCGUGACCAAGGAGCAGCGGUCGCUGGAGGCGCUGCGCGUGUUCAAGGGUCACACCGCGAUUGUCGAGGAUGUGGCCUGGCACGCUAUGCACGCGGACAUCUUUGCUUCGGUGGGCGACGACCGGCGGCUGCUGAUCUGGGACACGCGCAAGGACUCGAACGACACGCCAGCGCAGGACAUUGUGGCCCACGAGUCGGAAGUCAACUGCGUGGCAUUCAACCCAAAGUCCGAGUAUGUGCUGGCGACGGGCUCCGGCGACACCACCAUUGCGCUGUGGGACCUGCGCAACCUGAAAUACAAGCUACACUCGCUGGAGGCGCACAAGGAGGAGGUCCUGCAGCUGGCGUGGUCGCCCAAGCACGAGACGGUGCUGGCGUCGGCCAGCGGCGACCGCCGUGUCAACGUGUGGGAUGUCAGUCGCAUAGGCGAGGAGCAGACUGCUGAGGAUGCCGAGGACGGCCCACCCGAGCUCAUGUUCAUCCAUGGUGGCCACACCAGCAAGGUGUCGGAUCUGGGCUGGAACCUGAACGAGGACUGGACUCUGUGCACCACCGCCGAGGACAACAUUGUGCAGGUCUGGCAGAUGGCCAGCAACAUAUACUCGCCUGUUGAUCCGGCCUCGGUCCCCGCCAAUGUCAUUGAGUAAGCAGCAGCGAUUUUCAAGGUUCGAAACACGAAGCAAAAUAUAUUUUUUUGGACACAUAACACACCAACAUUACAUUGUCCACGUACACUCCGCUUCUGGUGGU